AUUCGGCGCGCCCAGGUCGAGGGCGCAUUUGACGGGCCUAGGGAGCGGUAUCAGAAGCCGGAAUCACUGCCGAGCCAACAAGGGAAGCACUUUAGAAUGAGAGUAAAGACUAUGCCCCGCAGAUGUCAGCAUGACAGCGCAUCGGCCAGCUUGACAGUUGGACGGAUGUUGGGUCAGUUUACAAGCCAGGCUGGGGAUGGGUACCACGAGUGGGGGGGGCGAUGGAGUGGGCCUAUUUUCGGGCAGGUUGAUGACGAGACCAACUCUGGCCAGAAGGGUCAAACCAAAAAUGACACGGUUGAAGGAGGCCAAAAACAAAGCAGGCCCAUUCGAGUGUGGAAUGGAUGUUUUGAAGUACUUGACUUGGCGACCCUUCAGCUUCACUAA